CUCUUUUGAUACUUCAAGGGUACCAAACCAAUAUGGCUUGGAGAAGACACCAAUUGAUCUAUCAAUUUUGUUUCCCUUUGACUCUUCAGGGCCAGCAAAUGAAAAUGAUGCUGCUUCCUUGGUUUGGUAUAUUCCGUCAUAGGAGCUGUAAAUUUUAUCAAAAUUCCAUGGACAAUGGGUAGGUAGCAUUAUAUCUGGUGACCUGGACAACUUUAAAGCGAUCAGGUCUCAGAGCCACGUCGGCGUCCACGUGGUCCUCUGUUUCUUGUACGUAUCCCCAGAAGGAUGGUUAUUUAUUGGAGAACCGGCACGCCAAACCCCUUCGUUUCCGCCCCGUCCUCCACCUUCUCUCUGCCUAAUAGAAACCUGGACUCGAUCUUAAUCCAAAUCCCGUCCCUGUCUUCCCCACCUCCCAGUUUCCUCGUUGCCGAUCGAAAAAUCGGCCGCCCCUUGCCGGACUCCGUCCGAGCUCUUCCGCUUCAUGACCGCCGAUGAUGGCCUCCGCCUGCGUGAACAACUCCGGAAUGUCGCCGGAGCCCUUCCUCGACUGCUCCCCUGCAUGCCCCUCCUACGGCUGGCUCAGCCCUAGGGUCUCCUUCAGCCGCGACCUCGCCGACGAUGCCACCCCGGCGAUCGCCUCCGAGAAGCCGGAAGCGGAGACGCCGGAUCUGGAGGCCGCCAGCAAGGAUCUCGCCGACUUCGAGUUCCGCCUCGACGAUCCUGUGGCCAUGCUCCCUGCCGACGAGCUCUUCUCCAACGGGAAGCUGGUCCCUCUGCAGCUGGCCACGGCUCCGCUUCCGGCGGCGGCGGUCCCGGACGGGAUCCGCUCGCUGGAGGCGGCAGCGGCGCCGCGGAGAGCGGUGGACGUACUCGGAUCGGAUGCCUUCGUCGCCGAGUCCCCCAAGGCGCCGCGGUGCUCCAGCCGUUGGAGGGAGCUGCUCGGCCUCAAGAGGCAGCAGAGCCCCAAGCCGGAGUCCCAGAAGGCCGUUUGUGCCACCGCCUCUUCCAAGAACCCCAACGCUAAAUCUCUCCGGCAUUUCCUCCACCGAAACAUGAAUCCCAAAUGCUCUUCCACCGACUCCUCUCUGAGCCUUCCUCUCCUCCGCGACUCCUCCGACACCGAGUCUGUCUCCAUUUCCUCCCGACUCUCUCUCUCCUCUUCUUCAUCCUCCUCCGGCCUCGACCACGAGGACCUUCCCCGCCUCUCCCUCGACGCCGACAAGCCCUCCCAGAUCCCUCUCUCCCUCGGCCGGAACCCGCCCCGGGUGCGGGUCUCCAGGCCGAGAUCCGCCGUUCCGGAGGGCUACCGGCCGGCGAGGAUCGGCCGGAGCCCUGUCCGCCGGCCGCCGGAGCCUGCGGCCAGUGGGGCGUCGGUGGAUAGCCCGCGGAUGAACGCAUCCGGGAAGGUGGUCUUCCAGGGAUUAGAGCGGAGCUCGAGCAGCCCAAGUAGCUUCAAUGGCGGCCCGAGGAUCAAGUACCGGGGCAUGGAGAGGUCCUACUCGGCCAACGUGAGGGUAACUCCAGUGCUCAACGUCCCCGUUUGCUCCCUUCGUGGCUCGGCCAAGUUCGGCUUCGGCCAGCUCUUCUCUCCACAGAAGAAGGAGAGGGAGGGAUCGCGGCAGGGAAGGUGCGGCUAAGAUGCGCCCUGAGGCGGUGCACGAUAGCCUCUGGGUCCCACGUUUUUUGUUCUCCCGUUGUCUGCUGUUGGGUAGAGUCCUCCGUAGAUGCGUACGAUAGCGUCGGCCGCGAAUGCCCUCUUCCACGGUACAACUGUUCCCAUGUGAUGGACCGCAUGGUCCCGGCCGGUGUUCCCUCCGCUAAAAUGCGCCGGUGCGUCUUCUCUUUUUUUUUUUAUAAUUUUAUUAGUUUUGUCGUGUUUUUGUUUGCACGCGAGUCUGAGACGGGGCUAAUAAAUUAUUACUUACAACGGUUUUGGUGCUCCUGGAUUGAUGUGGAGGUGUUAAUAAAUCAUUGAUUCUCAGGUCACAUCAAAGAUCGAACCAAAGCUGGUGGUGGUGGGAGUAACGAAAUUGAGGAAGAGGACGUGAAAUCUGAUGGUUGCGAUUCGCUUUUAUGAUCUUUUCUAAUCUUAGCUUCUGCCAGGUGGCAGGCUUUACUUAAAGCCUGAAGCUACCUACUUUACCCAGCAUGAUUCCUUUUUACUAUUUUUUUAACUUUUGUUUUGGCGUCUUCUGAGUUCUUGGCCGGUGAGAAUUCGGAUGCCUGGUUUUCGAUAGUGAUGCUCAGAGAGAGAAAUAGAGUUGAUGAUAGCCAAGAACGCUAGACCUUUGUCCUCACACACACACACACACAAAUCACGAUCGGCCUUAUUCAAGAGCUUGCGAUAAUCUAAUGCUCGUUGAUUUCGUUAAUUGGGAGGAAAUCAAGUUUCUGGGGGAGCCGGAAUGUACUGUGACAGUACCUGUACAUCAUUCUGGGCUGUUGGUGUGGCAAUGACAUCCAGGACCAGGAACUGACUUCUAGGGGAAUGUAUUUGAUGGCAUGCUUUAAAGUGUUUACAAGCCUUCGCCAGUCUCGUGAGAGGAUCGGUCCCCAUCGCAUGCCAACUCCCUGUAGAGUAAAUCUGCUUGUAGGGGAAAAUAAAUGUGGUGAAUCAAAAAAAAUAAAA